AUGGGGAGUGGGAAGAAUACUCACUUUUGGUUUGAUAACUGGAGCCAAUUUGGUCCCCUGCACUGCAGCUUCACCUCCACUGCCAUUGAUGCCUCACCAAAUGACAGAUUUGCAAAGCUUGAGAACUACAUCAAUGAAGAAUCCUGGACCUUUCCGCCACCUAUCCUUGCCCCCAUCCCUUCAUUACCAGCUACUCCACCACCAAAUGCCUUAGUUGAUGACACCAUUAUUUGGGACCCAUCACCAGCAGGUCUCUUCUCACUAAAACAUACCAUACCAUAUUUCCUAGCACCUACACCACCAGUCUCAUGGGAUCAUCUGUCAAUGGCUUUUCUAGGAUCAGACUGUUGGGAAACGUGCUAG